AUGCUAUGCUCCCUUGGCCUCUGCUACGCCGACCUUCUGCUAGGCGAGGCAAGGCAAACCCAAAGAGAUGUACUGGAGGCUUCGAGACGAGACGAGACUGUUGCAUUGCGAGGCGCAGGUCGCAAGUCGCAAGUCGCAAGUCGCAAGUCGCAAGUCGCAAGUCGCAAGUCGCAAGUCGCAAGUCGCAAGUCGCAAGUCGCAAGUCGCAAGGAGCCAGAAGCAAGGAGCAGGAGCAGGAGCGGGAGGCAGGAACAGGAGCGGGAGACAUCUUGCCUCGCACCCUUGCAUUUCGCGCCCUCGUGA